AACACAGAAUGUCAUCUCGCAGUAGCAACCUGACCUUUUCGUCCAAUUUUCCGACAACAUAAGCUGGCUGCGGCCCAAGUCGUUGUGUUGGUCGUUACCAGAUGAUGCGUACGAGGAAUCACUAUGGCAGAUGAAGAUACAGAUAUGACAACAGAAGGUGACAGAGCUGUCCUGAAUAGCAUGGACACCGAUGACAAAGGUGACAAUCACUGCGAUGCAAACAAUUAUUAUGCAAACGAUAAAGCACAUCAACAUGAGAAAGGUGACGAUAAAGACAUUGGACUUGCUGACAUGGAAGAAAAUUGUACAGGAAAUAGCUACCACACCGUUAAGUUAUCAGAGGGAGAUAGCUCUUCAGGUGGAUUGGCAACAGGUAUGGUUAGGAGUGCAGGUACGAGUAGAACAGAGGGAGGUGGAGCUAAAGGUGGAAUGACAACUGAAGAUGCAAGUGGAGUUGAGGAUCAAGACGAGGGAGGAAGUGCAAAAGAUGGAACAGCAUCAGAAGAGGGAGGUGAUUCAGAUGAAGGAAUGGCCACAGACAAUGCAACAACAAAGAAACUAAGUAAGCGUUUUAAAGUAAGCGGACAUGUUAAUGAAGCCAUGAUUGGAGCUGUGCGUAAAUCUAACUGCUCUAAGAGAUCGUACCGUCUGCGAGAUCUUGAGACGGGUGACUUGGACAGCGACGACGACUCUGAAAGCGAUGACGACAGUCGCGACUCGAACUCCAGCACGCGACAGUCGCACAGCUCUACCAGUGAGACCGAGUCCGACAUGGAGCGUGAGGGCAAUGAGGGGGCCGGGGAAGCGCAGAGCAAAGCUGCUGAACUCUCUAGCGAUCUUGAAGACGAUCUCCUCGCUAAGAUCUUACCUAAACCCACCUGGCAGGCGAUCCCAAUGCUGCGGGCCCGAGAGCUCGGUAUGCGACGGGAGCUAUCAAGCUUCCGCAACGAGGCUGUCGGUAGCGUCCACAUGACGUCGCGGUUUGAGAAGUAUUGCGAACUAAAACACCACGAUGGUUGCGUAAACACGUUACAUUUCAACCAGUCUGGAAAGCUGUUGGCGUCGGGAAGCGAUGACCUUCACAUUGCAUUGUGGGAUUGGGCUCAAAAGAAGACGACACUUGUCUAUAACAGCGGUCACAGAAGCAAUGUGUUUCAGGCAAAGUUUAUGCCUUUCAGCGGAGAUACAACGUUGGUGAGCUGCGCUCGGGACGGUCAAGUCCGCGUCGGCGAACUCUCCAGCACUGGAAUCUGCAAAGGCACCAAGAAACUUGUUCAACAUAAAGGAGCGGCACAUAAGCUUGGUGUUGGGGCUGACUCCCCCGUUGUGUUUAUGUCAUGUGGAGAGGACGCAGUUGUCUACUCCAUUGAUCUAAGAACGUCUAAAGCAACAAAGUUGGUGACCGUCAAAGAGAACGAGCGCAAAGUUGCUCUUUACACGAUCUUCCUCAAUCCAUCAGACACGAAUGAGUUCUGUGUUGGAGGGCGUGACCACUUCGUCAGGGUGUAUGACAGAAGAAAGGUAUCGGACGACCGCGAGGGUCUGUUGAAGAAGUUCUGCCCUCAGCAUAUGCUAAACAGCGAGACGCGAGCCAAUGUUACUUGUUGCGUCUACUCAUACAAUGGGAGAGAAAUUGUUGCAAGCUACAAUGAUGAAGACAUCUAUCUGUUUGACAGCUCUCACAGCGAUGGUGCUGAUUUCAUCCACAGCUACAAAGGACAUCGCAAUAAUGCAACAGUGAAAGGAGUCAACUUUUACGGUCCUCGAAGCGAAUUCAUCGUCAGCGGUAGUGACUGCGGGAACGUCUUCCUCUGGGAGAAGAGCAGCGAGAAGAUCAUUCAGUACAUGAAGGGCGACACUGGGGGUGUGGUCAAUUGUUUGGAGUCGCAUCCAACGAGUGCUGUGUUGGCGACCAGCGGCUUGGAUCAUGACGUCAAGAUAUGGAUGCCGACGGCACAGGAACCAUCUCAGCUUGAAGGAUUGAAGACGACUAUGUACAGCAAUCGCAGGGAGCGUGAGGAGGAGAGAGGUAGGGAACCAGACGUCAUUGAUGGUCACAUGCUCAUGUUCUUGAUGCAUCACUUGAGACGCAGAGCUCGUAGACAGGCCAGAGAGUCGGGCGACGUCGACAGCGAUUCGUCGUCCUCAGACUCUGACACCAGUGAUUAUGAAGAAGGUGAUAAUCGAACGCCGAAUGAGCGCGUUCAAUGCGCACCGUCUUAAAGCGUGAAAACAACCCUGCCCCUUUCCAAAGACGUCCAGCUGUUUAGAAGAUCAGUGUAUUGUGUGAUUAUAAGGUAAUGAAGCAUCCCGCACUAAUGACGUCACUUUGCCUAAAAUAUCGGCUGUCGGACAAACUACAAUAGACCCCCAUGCAUGUGACGUCACACGCUCAAAAACAUGCGCGUCAGUGUAGCGUUUCAAGUUAAGCAAAGGGUCUAUCCCGGCCUUAAUUUGUUGGGCCCCCUGUACUUCCUUUCAGUGUUGGCUCUCAUUGCGCCGUCUUCUGAGUUCGAGUCAAUAUUGAGCAGUGGGACAAGGAGAACUUUUUUUGUUUUGUCCGGGUGAAGUGGACAGGGAAUGUUUAUUGUAACGUUGCGAAUGGGUGGCCCAAGUACUUUGGCCAGGAUUGUAGCCACACCACCUACGCGAUCACUGCGUCCUCGAUCCACUAAAUUGCACUAACAUGUGUAGUUAGUCGCGAGUAAACUUACAAUUUGGGCGUACGCACAUGUAAGUGAAAUUUGACACUUUUGUCUGAGGUCUGGGCCCAAUUUCAUAGAGCUGGUAAGCACGAAAAUUUGCAUAGCAUGAAAUUUCUUCAUUGAUAA